AUGUCUCAAAGAACAACAUUCUGCCGCCUUGACAACCGUUCAGCUAGAUUCGGGGAGAGGGCCCGGUUAGGAGACAUGGCCACGAUGGUUCAAUCUGUGCUGGGAGCCGUUGGCGUCCAUUUUCCAGAGGGCACAACCCAAAUUGUUGUGGUGAAUCAUGUUGCGGGUACCUCCUCUGGCUAA